CGUCGUCCCCACACUCGGGCCGGGGCCUCGCUUUCCCUGCCGCCCCUUUGACGUCCGGGGGGCGCGCGCUCCCUCGCCGCCGAGAGAAGCGGCUCCGCUGGGCUCGGGCGUCCGGGCGGCGACGGGACCCGCGGCCUGCGGCGGAGGGGGGCCGGGGGCAGGUCCCGCUUCUCCAGCCCCUUCCGCUCCCCUCCUUCCCGCCCUCUCCGCUCCCUCUCCUCCCUUCCCGGCCCAGGAAGGCGCCCGGCUUGGCCUCUCCCCCGUUAAUGGCAAAGCCGUGAACUAGCAGCCGAUGCCACUUCCUUCCCGGCCCGCGCCCGGCCCCCCGACCCCGCUCCCCGCCUCGACCCGGAGGGAGGCCGCGGCCCCGCAGAGCCGGGAGCCCUUCCCCGGACCCCGGGCCGGGCGCGCCCCUCGGGGCGAGACCUGCGCGCCGCACUCCCGGAGCCCCCGACCGCCUGCCGCGGGCCCGGGAGGCAGACAGGGCUAGAGGAGCGCCUCGCCUCCCCGAGGGCUGCAGGGCAUGGAGGCGGCGGCCGACCCUGCCGGCGGCGGCCCUCAAGGGCUCAAAAUAGGGAGCAGAACAGCCAGCUCCGUGGAGGUGACCCCAGAUGUGGAGGGAAGUGGCCCUGAGCCACAGCCGGAUAACGGACACCUCCCAAGACCCUGGCCCUGUCUUCAGGAAGACAGAACACCCAGCCUGAUGGCUCUGCAGGCUCCCAGGGUAUCGGGGAUACAGCUCCAAGGCCCAUCCGUGCUGGAAUCCAAGGUGAGGGCCUUGAAGGAAAAGAUGACAGCAGGCAAACAGGGGGCGAGCCCCUGCCUCACUUCCCACGAGCGGCCAUCACCCAAGAAAGCCAAAUCUAGACGAGUCAAGGUGGGUGGAGCUAGGACUCCGUCAGAGGGGUCUUACCUGCCAGAUGCUGUGGUGGUCCUCCAUGCUCAGAACCUGAUCGAUGGGCAGCUGGACAGCGGUGUCAGUGAGGAAGAACCUGCCAGGAAUGGGGGCCCCAGGCUUCCCAGGUCACCUGCCCCUGGGCUCGAGUGCUGGAACGGGAGGAGCCCAUGGCCUCCAGAAGCAGUAUGGACACUGCCUGACCACGAGAGAAGUCUACUGCCAGGGCCUGGCUCUCUGCAAGAGAGCCCCGUCCACAGAGUCACUCCAGGCCGGCCUGGGGGCCCCGGUCCUUGUAACAAAAUCACCCACAUGCCCAACCUGAGGAAAGGAAGGUCAUAUCUGCCUCAGGAUGGUCUGGUCACAGGGGGAGACCUGGACAGCUUGUCUCUGACCUGUGAGGAGCACUUUGUCCCCAGCCCAGACCUGCUGGGGGGGCUCUGGAGAGCUGGAGACCUGGGGGCUCUGGGUCCUGGGUGCAGUGCCUUGUCCCUGUCUGACCGGGUGGAGAGGAACCGCCUUCUGCUGCAGGAGAUGCUAAGUGUUGGGGGGCAGGGCCCCCCCAAGGUGGGAAUCCCAGCCUGGACUCCAUCCUGGGGCAGAGCUGUACCAGAGCGACCAGCAGGUGACGUGGACUGGGACUCGGGCAUCUCCCUGCAGGACUUGGACCAGAACAGGACCUUUGGGCCCAAGCCGGAGCCCGUGCUGAGCCCCAGGCAUGAGGAAGCCAAACAUCUGCUGCAGCGUGCCCGCAUGAAGGCCAGGACCCGGCCCCUCCGUGCCAGCCACGAUAUUGUGCCCACCAUUGCCCAGGGCAGCCGAGAUGCCGGGAGAAGCCCAGCCCUGGACCCGAGGAUGACCCUUGCCUGCAGAGACAACCUCCAGAAUGGGAACACUAGUGACUCCUCCAGCGGGGAGUCCAGCAGCGGGCAGUGGCCGAAGCGGGGCCCCUCCCCGUCCCACGUCCGCUUCGAGGAUGAGUCUGCUCGCGACGCCGAGUCCCGCUACUUGGAGCGGCUGCAGCAGCGGCAGCGCCAGGUGCUGGGCUCCGCGCUGCAGGCGGGCGAGCAGGGCCCGCUGCGCUCCAAGCCCGACCUCGCCGCCUACAUGAACGGCGGCUUCCAGCGCAGGGAGGCCGGCGAAGGGGCCCUGCGCAGGCCCGGGGGCGGGCGGGAUCGGAGGGCCCUGCCGGCGCCGCCGCCCGCCCGGGGCCGGGAGAGGAAGUGCCGAGCCUGUGGCCACUGCCUGGAGGACCGGCGCCCUGCCCAGGGGAAGGCAGCCCCCGACCCGAGGCACCUCCAGGAGCGCCACGCUGCCUGUGGGACGGAGGGGAUGCUGGCGGAGCCCCUUAGCUCUCGGGGCUGGAGCGCCCCCAUCAGGCCCCUCCCUGCGCAGCCAGGACUCCACACCCAGUGGAUCCGGGAGACACACAUCGGAGACCCCGUGCGCCCUGAGGAGGUGGACUCUGCCCUGGACAGCACGGACACCUCGGACAGCUGCCGGACCGAUAGCGAGGAGGCUGGGACCUCUCAGCCCAGCAGGGCCCGUCUGCGGGGCUUCAGGCCUCGAGGAGGCCACAGGUGGUUCCGGAAGGCUGAAAUGGAGCUGCCCCGGAGCCCUGAGGCCCGGCACUGCCCGCCUGGGGUUGACCUCGUGGAGGCUUCAGAUGAGGGCAAAGAAGGCAGAGGACAUGCACCUGAGGGGACUCUGUUUCCCAGAGAAGACGCUUUCUCGAAGCCUCCUGUCCUGGAAUCUAAGAGGGCUUCCCUGGGGUCCCAGGGGCAGCGUGGACCAGGGCUGGGAAGUCACUGGGCUCACCCGGUGGAUGCCAGGGCUCAGUGCAGGACAGCCUGUGCUGUGGCCUCCUGCAUGAAGCUGGGGUCCUCCGGGCCAGGCAGACAAGCCCAGGUUGUAGAGGGUCCCGAGUCUCUGGAAACUCCCUCUGCUUCCUCCCUGCAACAGAGUCAUGCAGAACCCUCGGCCCCCAAUCAGGCCCAGCAGCCAACCGCUUCCCUCCCGGACGAAGGCUGGGUGCCAACCCCCCCGUCUUCAAGGAAAACCACCUCGCCUGGGUCUCACAGGCAUACAGCCCUGGCUGGGCCCCGAGGGCCAGGGGACCAGGGAGAGCCUGUGAACACCCCCCGGCCUCCUUCAAGAAGUGUAGUUCCCAGGACCUGUGAACUCAUCCCUCCACAGACCCAGCCCUGCGGCCCCCAAGUCAGGCACCCGCUGCUGGCCCUGUCCACCAACAGCUGUAACAAUAGUGUGCCUUGGGGGCUGCAGGAGCCCCAGGGAGGAGCCAGCCCUGAGGGCAGGGUGGAGAAGGGCCCCCGAAGCAAGGAGCCAGAGGCACCCCUGGAGGACUGUGGAGAUGGAGGACUCCAGGGCUUUCUCGGCUCAGCAGCUGCUGGCACCGUCAGCACCGUGGGUGUCAGCCUCUCCCUGGCCUCAGAGGAGCCUGAGUCCAGCCAAGAACCAGAGGGAGGCCUGCAGAGGACAGAGUCAAGUUCCAGAGGACACGUGUCAUCCCGAGCAGUACCAGGGGUCAGUGCAGGACCUGGCCCACCCUCAGCCGCCCCUUCUGACAGGAACGGGAAAAGCAGCAGCAGCAUCGCCUCCACCCUGGGGCUGAAAAAGUUCUUCUCGGCCCUGGGCCAGGGCACGCGGCCCAGGUUGGGCAAGUCCCACAGCUACAGUGUGGAGCAGCUGCCGCCGCCUGCGCCUGGCCCAGCUUCACACACCAGCACCCCCAAAGUGAAGAGAUCCCCAUCCUUACAAUCCCUGCAUCUGGGGUCACCCUCUCACCAGCAUCGGAAAGCUGCCUCCUUUCAGAAUCUCCAUUAUCUGCUGAGCGGCAAGGUGGACCGGUCCAGCCUCUACCUGGUAGGGGAGCCAGGGGACCACAGUGUGGCUGGCAGGCCAGCCAAGGCCCCGCCCCGCCGUGCCCUCAGCGUAGAGGACGUGGGUGCCCCCAGCCUGGCUCGCACAGUGGGCCGCGUGGUGGAGGUGUUCCCAGAUGGCACAAGCCAGCUGCAGCUACAACGCUCCCCAGAGGGCACUUUUGGCUUCUGUGUGGCCUCGGGGAACGGGCGCCGGGACUCAGGGUUCUACGUGCAGGCGAUGGCUGACGAGAGCACGGCCAAGCUGUACUCGGGGCUGCUGGGGGUGGGGGAUGAGCUCCUUGAGGUGAAUGGGGCCAAGGUUGCGGGGCUGGGCCUGGCUCACAUUAAGGAGCUCCUGGCGCACGCAGAGAGCUUGUCAAUCCGUGUGCUGAGGCAGAGGCCUGUCCCACGGUGACCCAGAGGUGCUUUUGACCUCACUGUCACCCCCUUGGAAGCCUUGAACCGCCCCAGGGGGGAUGGCUGGGAAUGUGCCAACAGAGCUGCUGUGUUCCCCGAAAUGAAGAUGACAGUGGCAUGUAACCCUGGGCUGUGGCAGGGCCUUGGUGAUGGACCACCCUAGGGAGAGAAAGGAGCCUGUUCCUGUGUUUUGUUUAAAGAUGUUGAUUUAUGCGGAGCUAGGGAAAGAAAGUAUGGGUGUCCCUCCAUGCCUGAGGUGGUGUCAACCUCUUUCUGCACCUUUGUUGGCAGGGGAGGAGAGAGAUUCGCUGGGUCCCUGAGUGUUGCCUCACCCCCAGGGCCCAUCCCACUCUCUGUCGGGCUCCCCCAGCCUCUCACACUCCAGAACCAAAGAAAGUGCUUGGCCACAUUGGCCUCGAGCCUGCCUUUUUCAGUCUCAUUUCUCCCAGCUCCCAUUUGACACCUUUGCUCUUUUCCAGAAAUGGGCAAAGUGUCCUGGAGUAACAGCCUUACAGCCAUUGACCAUAUAUUCCAAACCUAAAAUCAGAACACAUGGGCUGGUUUGAGAACAUCGGGGAGAUGUUAUCUGGUAGCCAGAAUAUUAAGAAUUUCUGGGAAAUUUUUGUGAUAUAUCAGAUUGAAGGAAAAAAAAUGAAACCAAGACCAAUUUCAGGGAAGUGCAGCUGUGGCCAGUGGGACUGGCCAGACCGGCCCUGCCCUCACCACCCUCCCCUCCGCCUCUGCCCAGAGCAAGGCUGGAGCUGCCGCAGCCUCUAUCUUCCUUCUCCUGUCGGGCUUGGACACAGGGCUGCAGCUGGUGCCACGCUCUCCCCAGCCCCAAGCUCUCUGCCCAGACUCCCUGCCGGCAGCUGUGGGUGAGGUGGCCAGGAGGGAGAUAGCAGGGGACAGGUGGGCGUGGGCUGUCCUGCCUGGGCACUUCCCCGCUCUAGGCCUGAACAGUGCCCAAAGGGUUGGGACGCUGUGGGAAUGGAUGGCUGUGUGUCAGUCUUAAAUUAUUAAAAAGCAAAGCUGAAGCUUCUCCCA